CCGCAAUAUCUCUGCUGCUUGUUCUCCACGAGCAACGCACACCACCUUGAACUUCAAUCCAUACUUCAGAGCAUCGAUUACAAAGCAUCUAAUACUAAUCUUACCAACCUACAGCAGAACCACCAAAACUACACUUCUUCGCAGUCAUGGCCAGCCCAGCUGUUCUGACUCCGGUCAAGAACCGCAACUCGGCCUUCUCCACCCGUGCCGCUGGCGGACGGAUGCUCAUGACGCCUUCUCCCCGCACGCCCAAGACACAGACUCCCGAUGCGCAGGCGCAAGAGUCGAUCCAUGGCGGCAACCUCAUGGCCCGCUUUCAGCGCUCCAUCUCUAAGAGCCAGAAGCCCUCUCCUAAGUCAAACAUCGCCCGCGUCAACUCGCCACGCAGACUGGACCUCGGAGUAUCAGAAUGGUCACUCACAGGAACCGCAAUCGUAACGACAAAGACCAAGGCCAAGGCCCCGGUAGUCGCUAAGGCGAAGAAGGAGCCUGCUGUCCGCGCGCGCCCUACCAAGACUCGCAUCACAUACAACUCCGCCGACCGGUUCAUCCCCAACCGGACAGCUAGCGAGGCCAUCACCACAGCCGGCUCCGGCAAGACUGACCGCGAGUCGCGGCCCAAGUCCAACUCGAACUCAAAGACUGAGGGCUCCACUGUCCUGGCUACCGCAGCAAGCGCAUUCGAUCUCGGUGGACGUGGUUCGGAGGAGGAUGUCGCUCUUGCGCUCGAGGGCCUGAACCUUGACGAUGAGGAUGAGGAGGGCCAGGCCAAGGCGAAGCCGGCGCCAGAGACAGUUGCAUACCAGUCAACACUCGCUUCAGCAUGUGGCAUCAACCAGAACCAGCGCAUCCUUGCGUUCAAGCCUGCGCCGCCAGAGUCAUCGAAGCCCAUCGAUCUGCGGUCACAGUACAAUCGUCCUCUCAAGCCCGCCAGCGCCAACGCACAGAGCCGCCGUCGCAUUCCAUCAGCGCCCGAACGCGUUCUCGAUGCGCCCGGACUCGUUGACGAUUACUACCUCAACCUGCUCGACUGGUCGUCCGGCAACCAGGUCGCGAUCGGUCUCGAGCGCAACGUCUAUGUCUGGUCCGCCGACUCUGGUUCCGUGUCUUCAUUGUUUGAGUGCGCUGCCGACACGUACAUCUCGUCUGUGAAGUGGUCUGGCGACGGCGCCUAUGUCGGUGUCGGACUCGGCACAGGCGAGGUUCAGAUCUGGGAUGUCGAGGAGCAGACGAAGCUCCGCAGCAUGUUCGGCCACGAGACCCGCGUUGGUGUCAUGGGCUGGAACAAGCACCUCCUUUCCACUGGCGCCCGCUCUGGUCUCGUCUACAAUCACGACGUCCGCAUCGCGCAGCACAAGGUCGCCGAGCUCGUCUCCCACACGGGCGAGGUUUGCGGUCUUGAGUGGCGUGCGGACGGUGCCCAGCUCGCCACUGGCGCCAACGACAACCUGCUCUCCAUCUGGGACGCUCGCUCGCUCGCAGCACCCAAGUUCACCAAGACCAACCACCGUGCUGCCGUCAAGGCUGUAUCCUGGUGCCCGUGGCAGUCCAAUCUCCUCGCCAGUGGUGGUGGCUCCAACGACCGUCAGAUCUACUUCUGGAACACGACCACCGGCGCCCGCGUCAACCACAUUGCCACGGACUCGCAGGUUACCAGCUUGCGAUGGAGCACCCACUACAAGGAGAUUGUCAGCAGCGGCGGUUUCCCCGACAACAGCCUCAGCAUCUGGAGCUACCCUACUGGUGUCAAGAACAUGGAGAUCCCUGCACACGAGUCUCGUGUCCUCCACAGCUCUCUCAGCCCUGAUGGCCAGAUGCUGGCGACUGCUGCCGCUGAUGAGUCGCUCAAGUUCUGGAAGGUCUUUGAGAAGAAGCCCGGCCAGCCCUCCAUCGCUGCCGCCGGCUCCGUCUCGACCAAGCCCAGCGCCACCAAGCAGAUGACGAUCCGCUAGGUUUCGAUCACAAGGAGCGUGAGGAAGUCCACCAUCAAUCCAGCUCGUCAUUGUCUGCGGACACGGCGGCCACACCGGCUUGCGCAAUGGAGCCAUCAACCCGACUCUACGCGCAACGGUAAGUUGGUAAGUACACAAUUCGUUUGGGUAUGUGACGCGCUCUCGGAGCUCCGCAUCCACCCUCGGAUCAGUCAACGGGUCAGUGACUCGGUGAGGCGUUCGAAGCAUUGCAUGGCGUCAAUUGAGCAUUUCGAGCGUUCUUACUGCAAGUACAUGAGUUACGAAUGAUACCCAGCCAUCGAGGAUACAAUUUUGGAGUCAAGGAUUAGUCAUAGCAUUAUCAAUGAAACAUCAAACAUUAA